AAAACCCAAAUACUUUAAAAAUGAGUUGCUCUAGUUAAGUAUUGUGCUGUAUAAUCUGAAGCAAACGCAUUACAGAGUAUAUCGCUGCAGAACGAAGGCUCCCAUCGCGUAGCUCUCGCAGGGAGCUCACGUCGGGUAGUGCUGCUUGCGGAACUCCUAAUUUACGUAAUGCUUCAUUCACCCUCAACACCCCUAAACCGAAAACAGGGUGUGGGAGGGGGAGAACACUGAACAUAGUGAUUGCUGUGGGAGCCUUCGUUCUGCAGCUAUACGCCUCUCGAGAAACCCUCUGGUUGAAGUGAAACUGUUUUUAUGUAAAAAACUUCAAGUGAAACUUUAGAAGACUGAAUCAACUCUGAAACAUCAUGCAAUGAAUCUUUUCAAUUAAGUGUCAUUUCGCACCGCUUCUUCUGCCACACUGAAACAACCCGGAAAAAAACAGGUUAUUUGCCAGAAAAAAGAUAUUUCUGCGAUGGGAAGUAACUCAGACGUUCACCAACCAGAACCAAUCGUUUCAAAGAAGCAAGAAAAAGUAUUGGAAACCGCGAAUUUGCGGAAAAAAGUUGAUGAAUAUAGAUGGCGACUUGGAAUUGGAGGAGGAUUUUUCUGAAGAGGACAGCAGGGAUCCAGUGCCUGACAACAUGAAAGUAGAGCUCCAUGAUCCUCAACUCUUAAUGGCUGUAGGUAAACCUUUCCACCAACAUGACGGGAGGGAAGACGACCAGCUAAGUGAAGCAGAGGAUCAUGACGACGAGACUCAAUGUGAAAGAAGGCAACAAAUAAUUAGGAAAAAUGACAUGUUCUUCCAUUUUCUCAUUCUCUGCUUUGCUCUGGGAUCAGCUUUGGUCAUGCACAAUGACAUUUUUGUAGCUGCUGGUGUUGGUUUGCUUUCAUUUUCUUUAAUAGAAAUCAUUGGAUUGUACUUUAAUUUAGUUGGUCGAAUUCGAAUCGUCUUUGAAUAUUUCCUUCCACUGUUUGAAAGACUCAGAAUGCCUGUGCCGGCAUUGGCUAAGAAGGAUUAAGAAUCUCCUGCCGACAACACAAACAUGGAUGCAUUUUAGCAGAAGGGACUGUCAGCAGUGGGGGUUUCACUGUGUCGAAUGUUGUAAUGAAAAUGCUGUGUGUGUUUGUUUUGUUUCCCUGUUUUAGUUUUAUACUGUGGAUGCUGCCUUUUUAUUUCAUAAAGUCAGUUAAUUCAGGGUUAGGCUAGUCAAAUACACUGUGUGUUUACUGUAUACGGGUUAGUCACAAUUACUGACUUUUACUUUUGGGGAAUUCUAUUAUGGUGUCUUCAGUCUACAGAUUUAAGGGUAAUGACAUGUAUACUUACAAAGAAUGUGUCAUCAUUAAAUAAGAAAUAUAUAUUUUAUAUACUGAUUACAAAUUAUUACUCUGUCAUGUUUCCUAUGAAAUACAGAAUAAAUAUGCAAAUUAUA